UAGAGGUGAACUCUAUGAAUAGCGUCUUUGAGUUGCUAGUUAUGCUAAGAAGAUAAACAAAUAAUUGCACAAACUAAUCGUUGCGCUUUAAGCUGAAGAAGUGUUGCUUGCAAUUGGCUUAGGAAAGGGAAAGGAGUCCAGAAGUGGUAGAAAUUGUUAGAAUGCACUGGUUUUCGUGUUUUUGUUCAGCUUCUUAUUUAGCCAUUCACCUUCAUGUGAACUUAACCACUUCUCCCCCUCUCUCUAUAUAUACAGAAUUGAAGUUUAGGUGUCAGAUAAAUAGAGAAAAAGAAAGGUUUCUUAUUAGAAUAUAAUAGCUAUUGUUCUGACGUUCUCUCCUAGCUACAGAAACAAGCCUCUCACUUUUCUUUCUGAUUCUCCGUCUCAAAACCAAGAAACUAUUAAUUCAUCGAUGCCGGCAAAACCCUCAAUGACAAGUCAAGAUAACACUCAAAUUGAUCUUGAAAUCAAGACUUUACUCGUGCAACUGAACGGCAGGGUCACAAAUUUAGAAAAAAAGAUCACUUCUGCCGAGUCCUUCAAGGCAGAAGUUGAAGCUUUAGUGAAUGAAGCAAGGAAAUCUCAUCACUCUAGCACUGCAAGAAGAAACCAUCUUGAUAAGGCAAGGCAAUUGCUGAUGCAAAAGAUUGAUGAAUUCAAGAAAGAAGAUACCGAGGAUAGAGGACUCACAAAGACUGAUGCAAUGGGGGCUCCUUCCAAUCUUACAGGAAACCGUGCGUCAAUGGUUCAGAAAGAUCACAGGCAAAUUCAGAUUCUAGCAACAGAAGUGGAUCGGUACAUUGCAGAAAUUGAUCGGAAGGUGAAUGUAUUAGAGGAUCCAUCCUACCUGACGGAAGAAAUCAGAGCACUGAAUGUAGAUCGAGUAAAAGCCGAGUCUCUAAAACUUUUUCUUCAAUCUAGUGAUAGAAAGAAGGAUCUUGAAGUAAGACGAAGGAUUGCUUACGUGAAUCAAUGGCUGAAUCAUAAGACGGAGAGCGAUAAAAGUGUAGACUCAAGCAUCAAAUACUUUGUGCUUGUUGUCGAUGACAACUGUGAAAAUCGAGAAACCCUUCGCGAACUCUUCAUGUCUAUUAAGUCAGAAACGACGCCUACAAUGGAUGUUCAAGUGGCAAAAAAUGGAAAAGAAGCUAUUUAUCUUCAUCUUGCUGGGGCUUCCUUUGAUAUGAUUGUUAUGAACGAUUUAAUGCCCGUCAUGAAUGGAAUUGAGGCAACGAAGCAGCUAUUCGGCAUGGGUGUUGUCAGCUACAUUGUUGGUGUCGGUGAUGACACCGUGAAACAAGCAUUUAUUGAUGCGGGCAUAGACCAAUACAUUGAAAAGCCUCUGACUCCUGCAAAGGUCGCUGAUCUCUUCCCUGAUCUCAGCGACCCAUACUUUGCAAUUUAAGUGUUUCCCAGUUUAAUCCGUCUGCUUUUACUUUUCUUGGAAGGUUCCUAGUUGUAGAGAUGAACUCCAUGGAUAGAACUCCCGACUAGCUAGUUAUUCUUUGAGAUAAAUGAAUAGUUGUACUUCAAGCAGAGCUGGGAGGUGUUGUGUUGGCUUAGUUGUAAAAGAGAAGGAUAAAAGUUGUAGACAUUUUUGGUAUUAGUAUUCAUUGUUUUUGUGCUGAUGUUGAUCAUUCAGCUGUUUGAUUAUCAUGGCAUGCUUAGCUAUUUGCAGAAAGAAAUGGCUACCUUACUGCGAUGCUGAUUCCAUUUUUACAGCGUUUGGAUUUGGUUUCUGCAGCAUUUGAAUUCCUUUUAAGCAUCUAAAAAUGACAUAGCAAACUAGUGCUUGGCUUAGCGGUGAAAGGGGUUCGUCUCUUUUCACUGCACCUGGAUUCAAGCCCUAGCGUGCACGCCUGUCAUCCCCGCGAUAUCUUACA